AUGGCUGCACCAACUGCUCCCCCAAUCCUGGACUUCUCUCCCUUCUACGGUGGUGACAACGAAGCAAAGGCCAAAUUGGUCGAGGAGGUGCGCAAGUGUUGCCAUUAUAAUGGCUUCUUCCAGAUUACAGGCCAUCAACGGACCUUAGCUGACUUGGUAGAUCUGAACACCUUCAACCGUGGUUAUGAGUUGCUACGAUCGCAAAUGCUCGAAGCAGGCACGGGGCCUGAACUGAAAGAAGGGCUCUACAUUGGCGAGGAAAUCCCCGAGGAUCACCCAUACUAUGUCCAGAAAAAGCUGAACAGUGGUCCCAAUCAAUGGCCACAGACUGUCCCCGACAAAGCGGAAUUCCAAAAGACGACGAUGGAAUAUUACCAUGCGGUAUUCGAGCUCGCGAAAGAUGUGCUGAGUGUGGUUGCAUUAACCCUGGGUGUUGACUCGACCUUCUUUGAGCCUCUCACAGAUGGCGCUGUUGCCACCAUGCGUUACCUCCACUAUCCCGCGCAGCCGAAAGACCAAGACGAGAAGCUCAAUCGUGGAAUUGGAGCACAUACCGACUUUGGGUGUGUCACUCUGCUCCUGCAGGAUGACGUGGAUGGCUUGCAGGUCUUGGACGUGCCCACUGGGCAGUGGCUCGAUGUAAAACCUGUCGAGGGAGCCUACGUCGUGAAUCUGGGCGACCUGUUUAUGCGCAUGGCCAACGAUAAAUACAAGUCCAACAUUCACCGCGUGAUUAACAAAUCGGGCCGUGAGAGAUAUUCGAUCCCUUUCUUCUUUAGUGGAAACCCGGACUACCUGUGUGAGUGCUUGCCCAAUUGUCGCGAGCCGGGCGAAUCAGCAAAAUACCCCCCGAUUACCGUCCAGGACAGGGUGACAGAAGCCUACAAGGAGAGCUAUGGUCGGGCGGAGAAAUACAAGAAGGAGCUGGAGAUGCAGAGCCUGGCGUCUACUCCAGCCGUAGCUUCUGUCGGAGGGUAG